CAGUGUUCGUCAAUGGCGGCUGAAGCUGUCACUCCGUCAAAUUCGAAUGAACACGUUCCACUAAAAACAAUAAAACGGUUAAUGGAGGUUGAUGUGGGCUCACUGUGUGACAACAUUGAAGUGGACCGUGAAUCUGGAGAUCUAUGGUUGGGCUGCCACCCAAAUGGUCUCAAAUGGUUAUUUCAUGAUCCGAAUGAUCCACCUGGUUCUGAGGUUAUCAGGAUUGAAAACAUCCUAUCUGAAAAGCCCCAGGUAACCCAGGUAUAUGCAGAUGACGGCAGUAUGAUCAUUGCUUCUUCAGUGGCAACACCAUAUGGAGGAAAGCUGCUCAUUGGAACAAUUUAUCAGAAAGCUCUGAUCUGUGACCUUAAAUAGUGUACAAUGCUUACAGGAAAGAAUAAAUAUUGGCUUAACUGUGUCAUUUCAUAGACUAGAUAUUUGCAACACAAAUCAAAGACAAGAAUAACUAAUAAACUAUUUUUUUAAAUUUAAUUAACAGUUGCAACUUUUGAACUGUAUAGUGUGAAAAAUCAUUUCACACAAUACUUAUUUGACUUGACUCACAUUGCUUGGAUUGUAAACUCUUAUCUAUCUAGUGGAUAUGUGAGCUUGAAGCAAGGGUUGAACUUCACCCUACUUGGCAUAUAUUAGCCUGCAUUAUCAGUUUAUGAUAUCCAUGCAACACAAAUAAACAUUUCCCAACACACUCCAAUGGCAGUUAGUAACAAUUUUUUUAUUACACCCUACCAACAGUUAGGUUCAGAGUUGGACCAGUGUUGCCAAAUCCAUGUUUUUUCUGCGGAAUUGGGCUACUUUAACACUGUUGCCGCAGAUUGUUUUUGAUGUCUGUGGGUUGAAGUGACCCCAGUAACUCAUAUUUAGCCCCUGAAAUAUGA